AUGUCUGAAGAGCAACAAGCGAAAGUGCAAACCGACAUAAAUUACGACGUGAGUGCAGUAUCCGUGCAAUCAAGGUUAUUACCGUUUUGGAGAGAAAUACCACGUGCCUGGUUUAUCCAAUUUGAAGCCGUAAUAGACCCACUGAAAACCUCAGACGACCAGAAGUUCCGUUAUCUGCUGCAGCAGUUGCAAACAGUUGACUUACAGCACUUAACCGACAUACUUUACAAUCCGCCUGCAACUGGGAAAUAUGAGAAGGUAAAGCAACGCCUGCUGGAAGCCUACGACAAAUCGGAUGUCAAGAAUUUUCAGAAACUCAUCAGUGGACUGGAAUUAGGCGAUCAGAAGCCUUCUCAGCUUUUGAGGAAGAUGCGGGAGCUCGCAAGCGGUAUGAUAACCGAGGAAGGUUUAAAAAUAGAAUGGCUAAACCACCUACCUGCACAAGUUCGAGUCGUCCUAUCAGUGAACAAGGAAUCAUCUUUGGACACUUUGGCUGCUAUGGCAGACAAGAUGGUGGAGUACGCGGAGAGUCCCAGUGUAGCCGCAGUCACAGCACCAGCAUCAUCGUCAUCGUCCACAGUACCCAUGACGCAGUUGGAAACUCUGGCGAAGCAGGUGGAGAAACUUACGCUGGAGAUCGCCGAGUUACGUCGAAGCCGGCCACCGCACAGAUACCGUCGCCGUGCAUACAAUCCACGAUCUCGGUCCCGUUCACGGUCGCUGUCUACGCAACGUGGAGCAGCACCGAAACCGGGAGACCCCAACUGGGAGUGCCGAUACCACCACCGCUUCGGGGACAAAGCAAAACGCUGUGAAUCACCAUGCUGCAGAAGGAAGAAGCCGUCGGAAAACUAA